AUGAACCGGUACGCUCCGAGUUACCGUGACGAUCGAAGAGACCGAGACCGAGACCGAGAUAGAGACAGAGACAGAAGGUCGCCUUCCAGGGAAAGACGGUACAGAUCACCAUCUCCGAGACAUCGUCCAAGUAGUCGCUCUCCAUCCAUCAGAAGACCCAGGUCUCCGUCUCCGAGGAGAGGAAUUGAUUCUUACACGCCUGGCGGCGGUAGCGGUGGUUUUGGUCGCAGGAGGCCUAGUCGUUCACCUCCACCGCCUCUAAGAGCUGACUGCUAUGUACCCUCUCCGGUCGGUGGUGGCGGCGGCGGCGGCGGCGGCAGCUGGCGACCUGGGGAUCGUUCACCCCCGUUGAGGUCGCGACGAAGAUCGAGGAGUCCAUUGUUUGGAAGACCGAGAUCGAGGUCUCGAAGAAGAUUUAGCAGGUCCAGGAGCCCUAUCAGACGACUGAGGUCCAGAACACCUCCUCUUCAUCUUCGACGCCCUCGGUCUCCAAGGCUCCGGUCGCCUUCCCCCCGACACGCACGACGAUAUCGGUCUCCCAGUCCCAGAGGAGCCCGUUCACCAGGCUACAGGAGAGUGUCUAGGUCUCCUGAGAAGACAAGCAGGACCCCCCUGGCUAAUGCAAAGCCGCUGGGGGAACAGUCCAAGAGACCCGACAAAGAUGCUCCAGCAUCCCCUCCUCGCUCCGAAAGGAGGCCUCCGCCCCCAACAUCCGGUCACACAUCUACAACCAUACCGCCGGCAUCUACAUCUACGGCUACGAUUACCGCUACAGCCGCACCGACUUCAUUAUCGUCAUCGGCUCGACCAGCAAGGCCAGCUCGAUCACCGUCACCUCGUCCAUCCCGCCAACAAGCUGCUCCAUCUACUUCUGCACCUACACCGCGUCCUCUUUCGCCGUCUCUCAAAGCUCCAUCUAGACCUCGUUCACCGUUUCUUAAAACUGCUACAAGACGAACAUCACCGGAACGUGCUACACUGAUCAGAUCGAAACCGGAUUCUCCCUUGUCCCGUACCCCCCGCUACCGUUCACCACCACCCAGAUCUCCACGCGACCGUUCUCCCAUGUCUAGCAAUCGGAUACGUGAUAUACCACCCCGCGGGCCUAGGGACGGCACUCCCAAACGUCCACUUUCCCCUGCAAGAGCUCAACAUCCAUCUCUUGAUGACCACAGAGACAGGGAUAGCCGAGAUACAAGACCAGUUCGUGGACACAGCCCUAUACGCAACCCCGCUGCGAGGAUUAGAACUCCUCCCCGUGGACCUGCGGCCGAUCGAAGAGGGCACAGUCCUCCCCGUCAGCCACGAGCUUUGCCACCCCGUGAUAGAAGCCCAAUGCAAAUUGAUUCCAAAGAUGUCGCUUCCAGAGACACUCCAUCACGCCCAAACGACCACCAGGUUAAAACACCCAUCACCCCGCUCGGCCCGAGAGCAGGACCCCGCGGUCCAGCACUGUCCACUACCACACCCGCUCCAUCAGGCGCAACAGAUAGCAGCUUUGCCCCUCCAACCGGACCUAAGAAUAUGGUUGUUCCCACCGGGCCGCGCGCGGGAGGCUAUCACCAUCAUACGCCGUACCGUGGCGGAUACCAUGGGAACUCAACCUCCCACCCUCCACCUCCACCCCGUCAACCACAACAACCCCCACCACUUAUCGUCGGGCCGCCAAUCAUCAAAGGUGGACAGCUCCUUCCUCCUAUUAAUGCUGAAGCGUCGGAGAGGCUACACCGAUUGCGCAUCGACCAAGUCAAACUGGACGAGGAAGUCCGAGUUGCCAGUGAUAAACUUCGAAAGAGUUUGAUUGAGUGGGACAAGGGAGAAUUAGAGCUCCAAAUUGUAUCGACAAGGUUAGAUAUUUGGGAGAAAGCAGCAGAGGAGGGAUAUGUCGAGGACCCUGAUCUUGAAGGGUAUUCGAAUGGGACCCACGAUAAAUGA